AUGGUCCAGCUGUCAAAGGUCCUUGCCAUUGCGGCGGCUUGUUUGGCCAGCCCCGUUGUCGCGCACCCUGGCGAGAAGCACGACCCGCAUGUCAUCAAGCGGGAGAUCCACGCUCGUGAUGCCAUGGCUGCGGCAGCCAAGCGCUCGCUUGGUGGCUGCGAGAGCUCCCUUCACGCGCGGGAGUUGCACAAGCGCAGUGUUGCUCGUCGUGCUCGUACGGUCAAUCAGCUUCGUCAGAAGCGUGGUAUUACUGCGAACCCCCAGAAAUGGCGCCGCAACCUUGCCCAGCUCGAGGAGUGGGAGGCCAUUGACCACAACAAGACCGACAUUCUCAACUACAGCCCGGCCACACCGGAGUCGAUCAUCUUCUCGGCGAACACCAGCUGUAUCCUGACGCCCACCGUUACCGAUGGUCCCUACUACGUCUGGGGUGAGGUGAUCCGCAAGAACGUCAAGGAGGAGAAGUACUCGGACGGAGUGGAUAUCUUCCUGGAAGUGCAGUACAUUGACAUCAACACCUGCCGACCGGUCCAGGGAGCGCUGGUUGAUAUCUGGAACGCCAAUGCCACUGGGGUGUACAGUGGUAUUUCUACGACCGGUAAUUAUGCCGCCGACGGAUGGGACUCGACUUACCUCCGUGGUAUCCAGCAAACCAACCGCGACGGUGUGGUCGAAUUCGAGACCAUCUUCCCUGGUCACUACGAUGAUCGUGCGACCCACACCCACCUGUUGACCCAUUUGAACGCGACUAUUCUUCCCAACAAGACUCUCGAGGUGGGCACCGGCAGCGUGGCUCACAUUGGCCAGCUCUUCUGGAACGAGGUCCUGCGCAGCGCCGUGGAGGAGACCUACCCUUAUAACACCAACACCCAAAGCAUCACCUCGAAUGAGGAUGACAUGUGGAGUGUGCUGCAAGCCGACAGUUCUUACGACCCCUUCCCGGAGUACAUCUACCUUGGCGACAGCCUCGAGGACGGUCUCUUCGCCUGGAUCCAGAUUGGCCUCAAUGCCACCGCUGACUACACGGACAACUCGUACUACAGCAUUGCCGCCUACCUCGAGGCGGAUGGUGGCCACGAGGUCAGCGACAGCGCCGUAGGUGGAGGUAGUGCUUCUGACGGAGGCAACGGCACCGCGCCUUCGGGGGUGGCCAGCUUCGGUGGAUCUGCCUCUCCCUCCGCCCCCACCUCCGCGUGA